CUCUCUCUCCUCUAUCUUCAAUUAUUCACCAAUCUCGCCAAUUUUUUUUCUGGAUUUUUGAUUUGGUGAAUGCUCGGCACGAACAAUUAGAAAUGUUUCCAAUCCAAAAACCCAAACGCUUCUCCUCCCCCACUUCUUAAUAUCAACACGAUCAAACACACACACACACGCACACAUCUCUCUCUCUCUCGAGAUCGAUCGACACCAUUGUGGGAUUAAUGGAGAAGGGGAGCAAGGAGAGUAGCAAGGAUGUGAUCCGGUUAGGGCGGGAAUCGGUCAUUCCCAUCCUCAAGCCCAAGCUCACAAUGAAACUGGCCUAUCUCAUAGAGCAUGAUUCUGACAGGGCCGAGUUUCUGAAGCUCUGCAAGAGAGUUGAGUACACUAUCAGAGCAUGGUAUCUUCUGCACUUUGAAGAUCUCAUGCAACUGUAUUCGCUGUUCGAUCCUGUUUACGGUGCUCAGAGACUGGAACAGCAGAGCUUAUCUUCAGAGGAAAUAGAUGUUCUUGAGCAGAAUUUUCUCACCUAUUUCUUUGAGGUCAUGGAAAAAAGCAACUUCAACAUAGUGACUGAUGAGGAGAUUGAAGUUGCACAAUCAGGGCAGUAUCUAUUGAAUCUUCCUAUUAAAGUUGAUGAAUCCAAGCUGGACAAAAAACUUUUGUCAAAUUACUUUAAAGAGCAUCCUCACGAAAACCUCCCCGAGUUCUCAGACAAGUAUGUUAUAUUUCGACGGGGCAUUGGAAUAGAUAGGACAACUGAUUUCUUCAUCAUGGCGAAAUUGGAUUUGAUCAUAUCCCGAAUUUGGCAAUGGUUGCUCCAAAAAACAAGGCUGCAAAAGCUCUUCUCCAGAAAGCCAAAGGCAAGCCCAAAGAAAGAUCCCAAGAAAACUGAUGAACCAAAUGGGGAAGCCGAUGAGGAAGACCUAUUUGUUGAACGCAUUCGCCUUCAAAGCAUGCAAUUGAGCCUACGCAAUCUACUGGGCAAGAACACAAUACAGGAACCUACAUUUGAUAGGAUGAUUGUUGUAUACAGAAGGGCUAGCCCUAAGAAUAAGACGGAUAGAGGUAUUUACAUAAAGCAUUUCAAAAAUAUCCCGAUGGCAGAUAUGGAGUUAGUUUUGCCCGAGAAGAAAAACCCGAGUCUGACUCCUAUGGACUGGGUACAAUUCAUUGUUUCUGUUGUAAUUGGACUCGUCACUCUUGUUGGUUCCCUUGAAAUGCCUAAAGCUGAUUUCUGGGUCGUUGUAGCUAUUCUUUCUGCUCUGGCUGGAUAUUGUGCUAAAAUCUACUUCUCCUUUCAACAGAACAUGGCAACUUACCAAAGCUUAAUCACCCAAUCAAUGUACGACAAGCAACUGGAUAGCGGGAAAGGCACAUUGCUACACUUAUGCAAUGAUGUCAUCGAACAAGAAGUCAAAGAGGUGAUAGUUUCUUACUUUAUUCUGAUGGAACAAGGGAAGGCAACAAUUAAGGAUCUUGAUUUGCGGUGCGAAGAGCUAAUUCGCGAAGAGUUUGGUAUUCAAUGCAAUUUUGAUGUGCUAGAUGCGGUUCAAAAGUUAGAGAGGCUAGGCAUUGUUGCAAGAGACUCGGUAGGAAGAAUUUACUGUCUACCUCUAAAGCGGGCGAAUGAGAUCAUCGGACCCACCACGGAAGAGCUGGUGGUGAAAGCCAAAUACAGCUCUUCGGCUUAAUUUCAUUGGUUUUACGGGGUGCCAAAUACAUCAUUCAUUGGCAGGAAGGAAGGACAGUGCGCACAUUUUGUUGGAUUUCCGAAUAAAUGAAAGCGGAGACCGUGAAUCUCGAUGUGCCUAUUUUUUUGUUUACCGAUGUGUGAGAUCUUGGAAUAUUUUUCUGGAAUUUGACCUAUUAUUAGAAUGAGAAAAAUACGAAGAUGAUCUUUUUCUGUUCGUGUUGCGUGUGCGUGCGUGUUUCAUGUGGAAUUUGUAAGAGUGUACAAUAAUAAUGCAGAGCAGCAUGAUUCUCCAUUCUUUGUA